ACUCUCCUCAAACUGGACGCACCACCUCACUCUCCGGGAAUGGGAUCUUUACUUGGUUCAAAGAAAAACUUCCAGUUCUUUCGAGUUUACGCUCUGCAGAAGCUACUUUUCAAACUGCAGGGAUAGUUGUUACUGCAGGGUGUCCGCAGCAAAGAAGAGCCGCUGGCUAAUGAUCUCCAAGACGCACCGGGCGUUCUCUGACUGUCAGGGAGAGUUUCAGAUGCUGGGAAUCAGUGCAGCAGAACAAAGGGGUCUCGAGUCCGUUUGAUUACGCAGAAAUCGUCGCAGUUUCAUUCCUAAGUUAAUGCGAGGCGUGCGUAAAAUACUUGUGCGUAAAGUUGGAGCUGUUGCGCACGUUCCAGUGUUAGGUCUAGUGGUGCAGCGCGUAUAAAAGACAGAUACUUUACUAAAUAUCAAAUCUGUGCGAAGUGUUAACAACUUGGCAGUCAUGGCCAAAUGGUUCAGAGAUUUCCCCAUCAACCUGAAGAACGGAAGCGAAAGGGUCCGCUCGGCCUCUGAAUCAGGUUCUCAACCUCGGACCAAACCUUCGUUUUCUCGAGACAGUUUGAAAGUUAAUCAAAGAAAGGAUGGAGGAGUUGGGGGGUUGCUGGCGGGGAGAAACCGGAAGAAUUCGGCUACGGAAUUGGGUCGUAACAACGCUGGGUCAGGUGGAACCGUCUGGGAGACUCUCACUUAUGGGAAAGGUCGCAAGAACUCCAAGAUCGAGGCCACGGGGACACCAGACGAGAACCGCCAGGUCAGGACCUCGAGUCUGGCGCAAGCGUACAUCAGCAGGAUGAUUAAAGUGGACAAACAAGACAAGACCCCCAAACUCAACGGGAUCAGUGAAAAGAAGCAGCCAGACAACGAGACGAGGUCUGACAUCAAGACAACGCUGAUUAUCCUGGAGGACUACGCCGAUCCUUUCGAUGCAGAUAAAACCAGGGAGCAGAGGGAGGCUGAGAGAGCCGGAGUGAAUGAUGGGUACAUGGAGCCCUACGACGCCCAGGUCAUCAUUACAGAGGUCCGCAGACGUGGUUCCAAAGACCUCUUGAAAGUCUGUGUCCUGCUGGACCGCGGCCACAGAGAGAGGAAGGGAGAAGAGGGGAAGCCCUCGCCUCCAAACAUCUACGACACGCCGUAUGAGGGCGGACUGGAGGGCGAGAGCGAGGGGGUGUGGAUCCCUGUCACACGACCGGAGUCUGACGUCCGUCCCGCCGGAGAGUACGAACUGCCCUGGGAGUGGAGAAAGGAGGACAUUGUCAGAGCGCUGUCAGCUCAAUUCGAGGCAGUGGAGUGUUCUCCCACUAAAGAGAACAGUUCUGCCUCCAGCCGCCAGCAGCAGCAGCAGCAGCAGCCGAUCCAGCAACAGCAAACCCUGAGACAGAAGAACUGGAACAAUAAAACCCUCAUCUCCUCUCCUCCGUCCUCCUCCUCUUCUCCCACCUUCCCCUCCUCCCCUAUACUGAAACUUUCCCCUUUCACGCCCCCGUCUCCCUCCUUCCCCACCCUCAAGGUCUCACCCUCAUCCAGCCCCAACAAACUUUCACCUCCAUCCCCUACCUCCCUCAGUGCCCCACUGGAUGGGGAUGAAGCUAAAUUGGACCCCGGCCUGCCCCUGGAGAAGCAGAGCUGGUACCAUGGUAGUGUGAGUCGGCAGCAGGCUGAGGCUCAGCUGCAGCGCUGCAGGGAAGCCAGCUUCCUGGUGAGGGACAGCGAAUCAGGAACCAGCAAGUACUCCAUUGCUCUGAAGACCAGUCAGAGUUGUGUGCACAUCAUUGUGGCCCAGACUAAGAGCAGCAAGGGCCUGGGCUACACACUGAAUCAGAGUAGCUGCAUCUUCUCCAGCAUCCCUGAGCUGGUCCACCACUACUGCACACACAGACUGCCUUUCACUGGAGCCGAGCACAUGACCCUGCAGCAUCCUGUGCCCAGGCCGCACUGAACAUGCAUUAAAGGACAAACACACACACUGGAACACACGCAUAACAUGCACAGACACAAGCACAAGCAGGUAUGACACAUUAGGGUAUUGUUUGAGGUCUCCCAAGUGCCACUUAGUGGUCAAAAUCGGAUACUACAAUAAGUACAUAUCACAUUAUUAUUGCUGACUAUUUCCAAUCUUAAAUAAACACACACACACGCACAAACACACACACACACAAACACACACUCACACACACACACACCACCCUGUACGUAAAGUCACAGAAAAAAACAUAUCUUUUUCCUGAGUCUGCAACAUUUUUUUACCCAUUACUCAGACAGAUCAACUCUCUACCCUGUGAACGCAUUCAUUUGAGUAAUACCUGCAACGAUGCACAUGAAGCACGGCUCUUACUAUAGCCUAUAUAAUAGUAUGAGUAAAUGGAGACUAGGGCGUAUAACUUCCUCUCCAGAUGCCUCUACAACGAGGUGCUGACAUCAUCAAUUAGCACCAUUCCAUCCUGUUAGGUCUUGGUCUGUGGGAUCGAUAGCCCUGAUUGGAGUAUAUUCAUUCAUCCAUCUGACACGUCAAUCAGCUCAUUGAUCCCUCCUGAAAAUCAGGCUGAUUUUCCAACCGCUCUGUCUGUCAAGAGAAAGAGCUGCAUCGAUUAGAUGAUUAGAACCAGUGUAGAGGGAGGGGGGAUAUAACAUUACUGUAUCCAGCAGGCAAAACUGUUUUAGUGUGUGUCAGUGUGCAGAUAAGUGCAUGGACAUUUGGCCCAUUUACUGGCCUUCAGUGUAAUCUAAAUAUGAAGACUUUGUUAUUAAAAAUAUGUCUUAUUGUGAAUGCACCCCCCAAAAAAUGUACCUGUUGUAUGCAUAAAUGAUGUAUGUAUGAUUGUUGGUUCGACCGCACAAUGAUGUAGGCCGUGUAUUGUUGUUGUAAAACAUUUAUUCAGUAAAUAAAACCAAAUUCAUAUUAA